AUUUUUUUAUUUUGUACAUGUAUGUAUAUGUAGUACGUCCACGCAAGACGGUCAUACGCUGGUGCGGCUGUGCGACUGGGUUUUUUGUUUAGCUUUUCAGAAGAUUGCAAGCUUUAUGUAGUGAUCAAACACCAUGGCAUUAAGGAAAGUCAAGGGCAAUAUCGAACGAAUGUUCGACAAGAACUUGACGGACCUCGUCCGUGGUAUUAGGAACAACAAGGAGAACGAGACGAAAUAUAUUUCACAAUGCAUCGACGAAAUCAAGGAAGAGCUCCGACAGGAAAACAUGUCUGUGAAGGCGAACGCUGUUGCAAAACUGGCUUAUCUCCAAAUGUUGGGAUAUGACAUCAGCUGGGCAGCUUUCAACAUUAUCGAAGUUAUGAGCUCCACGAAGUUCACGUAUAAGCGUAUUGGUUACCUGGCUGCAUCACAGAGCUUCCACGAAGGCACAGAUGUCCUCAUGCUCACCACCAACAUGAUUCGCAAAGACCUGAACAGUCAGAGCAUGUAUGACUCGGGCACAGCCAUGAGUGGCCUGGCCUGCUUUGUGACAGCCGACCUGGCGCGGGACUUGGCCAACGACGUGAUGACGCUGCUCACAUCCACCAAGCCUUACCUGCGCAAGAAAGCGGUGCUGCUCAUGUACAAGAUUUUCCUCCGAUUCCCAGAUGCCCUGAGGCCAGCAUUUCCACGGCUGAAAGAAAAACUAGAGGACCCAGACCCAGGGGUGCAGUCUGCGUCGGUGAAUGUCAUCUGUGAGCUGGCACGAAAAAACCCAAAAAACUACCUCUCACUGGCACCAGUCUUUUUCAAGCUCAUGACAAGCUCCACUAAUAACUGGAUGCUGAUCAAAAUCAUCAAGUUGUUUGGUGCCCUCACCCCACUUGAGCCUAGGCUGGGGAAAAAGUUGAUCGAGCCCCUAACUAACUUAAUCCACAGCACCUCUGCUAUGUCCCUGCUCUAUGAGUGCAUCAACACAGUCAUUGCCGUCUUGAUUUCUAUAUCCUCAGGAAUGCCAAACCACUCUGCGUCAAUCCAGCUCUGCGUCCAGAAGCUCAGGAUCUUGAUAGAAGACUCUGAUCAGAACUUGAAAUAUCUGGGACUGCUGGCCAUGUCUAAGAUACUGAAGACGCACCCAAGGAGUGUGCAAGCCCACAAGGACCUGGUGCUGCAGUGUCUUGAUGACAAGGACGAGUCAAUCCGCCUCAGAGCUCUGGACUUGCUUUAUGGCAUGGUAUCAAAGAAGAACUUGAUGGAGAUAGUGAAAAAGCUGAUGGUCCACAUGGAUCGGGCAGAAGGGACCACCUACCGAGAUGAGCUGCUCUCCAAGAUAAUUGACAUCUGCUCCCAAAACAACUACCAGUACAUCACAAAUUUUGAAUGGUAUGUGAGUGUGCUGGUGGAGCUGACCCGGAUUGAAGGGACCAAGCAUGGCCUCACCAUCGCAUCCCAGAUGCUGGACGUGGCUGUUCGAGUGCAAGCAGUCCGGGCCUUUAGUGUCUCUCAAAUGGCUGUGCUGCUGGACAACACCCACCUGCUGAUGGGCAAUGGCCAGCGAAACAGCAUUUGUGAAGUGCUCUAUGCUGCCGCUUGGAUCUGUGGAGAAUACUCAGAGCUGCUGCCAGAGCCGCAGUCCACCCUGGAGGCCCUGGUGCGUCCUCGGGCGAGCCAGCUUCCCCCGCACAUCCAGAGCGCGUACGUGCACAAUGCCCUGAAGCUGUGGGCCCGCCUGGUGGCUGCCCAGCAGGACGAGCCUGACUGCAGCCAGCUGCUGCUGGAGCGGCUGCCCCUGUUUGUGCAGAGCGGAGACCUGGAGGUGCAGGAGCGAGCCUGCUGUGCCCUGAACUUGGUGAAGCAAGUGAGCAAGAUGCAUGCGCGGGGUGAGAGAGUGAGCGACGAGCUGCUGGCCCUGUUCACUGGUGAGCUCAACCCAGUGGCACCCAAAGCCCAGAAGAAAGUCCCACUUCCUGAAGGCUUGGACCUGGACCAAUGGAUUAAUGACCCACCCUCAGAAUCUUCAUCUGAAGAGGAAGAGAAUACGACGGAAAUAUUUAUCAAGUCCGAAAAGAGUGCGGCAGUAUCCCAUUUCUCGGAGAAAAAGUAUGAGCCUAGCAAAGAAGAACUGGAGAAUAUGAGAGAAGCCCGCAGGCAAGAGCAGGCCAGCAACCCACACUACCUGAAGGCCAUGCCCAAGAGCAGGUCGGCCAACGGGCAUCUGCAAGGGGCAGCCAUGGAUGACAUCCCCGUGACGGAGAUUGAUCUGUCCGUGCCUCUUCACAUACCUGGUCUCAUUUCGUCGGACAAGUACCUCAGUGCAAGCCGCAAGGAGCAUGACAUGGCACGUGGUGGCACCAAGAAGAAGAAGAAAAAGCUCAAGAAAAGCAAGGACAGGCAGAAGCAGCCACUGGCCUCCGAGUCGGAGGAGGAGGAGCUACCGGCUCCACUUGGUGUGGUCAACACGGCCGCCGAGAUGCCCGAAGGUGCACGACUGACUGAUGACGAUGACGAUGACCGCAACGCUGAUGAUCCACAUCGUGCCUUGGACAUUGAUCUCGAGGAGCCUCUGCAAGAGGAGGAGAGGCAGCCAACCCAGGCACAGCAGGACGCCUCGUUGGCAGGGGUUGUUGCGGCUGAACCAAAAAGGAAGGCGUCCCGAAAGCACAAGGAGCGGAAGCAUCGCAAGGCUCACCAGCACAAGAGAAGUCUCGAGGCCACCACAGGCGCUCCUGCUGAGGUUGCCUCGGAUACAAAGCAGGAUGAGCUGGACUUCUGGCUGUCACCUUCCGAGGAUCAAGACAGGCCGGCAGGGGGUGAUGUUGCAAUGGAUUCGGUGCUGCAGACCACUGACAUGAACGGGGCACCACCUGUGUCCAAGAAUGAGCGGAGUGGCCGCAAGAAGCACCAUGAGGGUGAAGCGUCUGGCAGCAGCAGAGGGGAGAAGAAGAAGAAGAAAGCCAAAUCGUCCAAAGGAACGGCCACCCUGCUGCAGCAGGAUGUGCCCAAGGACAAGCGAGAAUACGAAGAGACACCGGGCAUCACCACACCUUCAAAGGAGCCCAGCUUCAGUGCCACCCAGACACCCAUGACACCCAGCAUGCCACCGCCUGCCUCUAAUUACAAGCUACUAGCUGAGGACAAGAAUAUCAAACUGACUUACGAAGUGCGUACCCUGCCCAUGGUGCGGGACCAAGUAUUGGUGUCGGUGAUUUUCACCAACCAGAGCCCAUACCAGCUCAAGGAGAUGGAGCUCAAUAUUUUGGACACGCUCAACACCAAGAUGCUGCGAGGGGUGGGUCCACACGAGGGUGUUAGUGUGCCCUUCCAGCUGCCCAAGGGAACAGCCAAUGAGGGCCAGUUUGCCUUCUCAGUUGACAGUGUCUGCAUGGCCCAGCGUUUACGUGGCACUCUCACCUACAUGCUCAUGACAGAAACUGGUUCCACACACGAGAAGCUGGACUUGAAGCUGCACUUGCCAGUCUCUUCGUACCUGAUAGGAACAAUGUCAAAAAGGGACACAUUUGCAGAGCUCCUGGGUGGUGGUGAGCUGUCAGCAAGAGGCAGCAUUACUUUGGAUGCCGUGGAAUAUGAGUUUCCUCACGUGCUCUCCAAGGUGUGCUUUCACUGUCACUUCACAGUGGUCGAACAAGUUGGGUUGAGUGCCUCCCUGUACAGCCGCUCCAUCCAGGAUGACCACAUCUGCCUUCUCAUCAAGCAUAUGAAUUCGAAUCGAAUCCUUGUGGAUGGGAAGAGCACCAGCUCGCAGCUUCUAUCAAGCCUGCUGGAUGAAGUCCGUUCUCUACUGUGUACAGCCAGCACCAGUACAUAGGAGAUAUCAUAGGAGAUAUAAUCCAAGGAAGAUUACUACAAUCGAUGCUUCCCUUGAUGGGGUGCAGACUAUGUAUAUUUAUGCCAAGAGACCAUUUUCCUUUG